GACACACAAAUAUACGAGAUAUUAUUUUACAAAAAUCUAUACUUUGUAAACUCUAUUGACCAUUAUUCAUUGCUCCCAAUUCCCCACCUCUUGGCUCACUUGUCUAAUCUAUCCCCUGUCUUUCUUCGGUCCUUCCAUUUCCUUUCCGAUCUAACUUUUUUUUUAUACCUCAUUUUCUUUUCAGGGGCACAGUCUCCACCUCCGAUCCAUUAUUAGUCCUUACCUAAACAAUACUUUUCAUCAGCUCAUUUUAUUAGGCAACAAGCUCUGUCCACGCUCUAUAUCUCAGAUCCUAGAUUCUUAGUCUAUGGCUUCUCCUAUUACUACUACUACUACUACUACUACUUCUUCUUCUUGUAUUAAUUCAAAUUUCGAACUGAAUUAACCAAGAAAGCCUCAACCUUUUCAUCAGCUUCAGAGCAACUGCGCCAACUUGUUCUGCUUCAUAGAGCCUCAACCAGCCAAAACUGAAGCCAACCCAUUUGAGGAAACAAGCACCGCUACUUACCCAGUUUAUCAAAUCCAUGGAAUUUGGUUUCUAACAGUGAAAUCAGAACCAUUGCUGUCUGAGAAGAAGGGGGCAAAAAGUAGUUAAUACAAGAAGAGACAUGAGAUGAGAGAGAACGAGAAUAUGCAGAGGCUCCAGAGCCAGAGGUGCUACUUGUAUGGUCCUUUCGCAGACACCAUCUUAAUGUUGCGGCCAUUUAUGAAGUCACCUGCCAGAUUUUCUGCUGUCUUCGUCCUCGUCUUCCUCCUCUUCGGUGCUUUCGUCUGCACGCGCUUUCUCAACUCCCCUAUUCUAGUGGAUACUUCAGCCGAAGAACCAAUAAUUACCACCAGAACAUCCCAAAAACACCCACUCAACUGCACUGCUUACGACCUCACACGAACCUGCCCGUCAAACUACCCUACUACCACCUCCCACUCGGAGCAAGAUCCUGACCGUCCACUACCACCCACUUGUCCGGAAUACUUCCGCUGGAUACACGAGGACCUCGGGCCAUGGGCCCACACGGGGAUCACGGGAGACAUGGUACAGCAAGCCAAGCGUACGGCCAAUUUCAAGUUGGUGAUUGUAAAUGGGAAAGCUUACGUGGAGAAGUAUCAGAAGUCGUUUCAGACCAGAGACGUUUUUACAAUGUGGGGGAUCCUACAGUUGUUACGGAGGUAUCCAGGACAGGUGCCUGAUUUGGAGCUCAUGUUUGACUGCGUUGACUGGCCAGUAAUUUCAUCAAACGAUUAUAGUGGGCCCAAUGCCACGGCCCCACCACCGUUGUUCCGCUACUGUGGGGAUGACAACUCACUCGAUAUUGUCUUCCCUGAUUGGUCCUUUUGGGGAUGGGCUGAGAUCAAUAUAAAGCCAUGGGAGGUUUUGUUAAAGGACCUAGAGGAAGGCAACAAGAGGAAGAGGUGGAUAGACAGAGCACCUUAUGCUUAUUGGAAGGGAAAUCCAUCUGUUGCUGCAACCAGGCAAGAUCUCCUCAAAUGUAAUGUUUCUGACCAACAGGACUGGAACGCUCGCGUUUACGCUCAGGAUUGGUUACGAGAAUCAAGCGAAGGGUACAAGCAAUCGGAUUUGGCAAGCCAAUGCGUUGAUAGGUAUAAGAUCUACAUAGAAGGGUCUGCUUGGUCUGUCAGUGAUAAGUACAUUCUUGCAUGUGAUUCUGUCACCUUAAUUGUUAAACCCCGCUACUACGAUUUCUUCACGAGAAGUUUGAUGCCAGUGCACCACUACUGGCCCAUAAAGGAUGAUGACAAAUGCAGAUCCAUUAAGUUUGCUGUUGAUUGGGGCAACAGCCACAAGCAAAAGGCACAAGCCAUUGGAAAAGCAGCAAGUAAAUUAAUUCAAGAGGAGUUGAGGAUGGACUAUGUCUAUGACUACAUGUUUCAUCUUCUGAAUGAAUACGCAAAGCUCUUACAAUUCAAGCCAACCAUACCUCGAAAAGCUAUUGAGCUCUGCUCAGAAGCGAUGGCUUGCCAAGCGCAAGGAACAGAGAAGAAAUUUAUGAUGGAAUCUUUGGUGAAAAGUCCUGCAGUCAGUAAUCCAUGCACUAUGCCUCCUCCUUACGGUCCGGCAUCUCUUUUUGCAGUGCUUAGGAGAAAUGCAAAUUCAAUUAAACAAGUAGAAACUUGGGAGAAUAAAUACUGGGAGAAUCAGAGUAAGCAAUCGUAAAUAGGUAAUAUAUAUCGAUGUAUACAGAUGAAUUAGGGUUGAGCAGU